AUGCUAGACGCGGCAGAUAUAAUUCUGAUCUCUAUCGGUUGCCUUUUGCUCUUUAUCACUAUUGUUGCAAUUUUAUUGGCUUCCAUUACCUUCAGACGUCGGAUUCAGGAAGAAGAGAAACACGCUGCUGAAGUUCAGAGAAAAAUCACCCGAGAGUUAUAUUUGGAUCAACCUCUGUCAACAACUUUCAAUUCGGGAAAACCAAACUUCACAUCGCUUGUUGUGAACGAGGAGCAUCCUGAUCUAUUAUCUACAACGGAUGUCAAAAAAAAUUCAUUUGGCAAGAACACGAAGAUUGUGGUCACAAAUGAGACGCUGUCAAGCAGAAGCAGCUCAAAAUCGCUCAAACGCCCAUCUAGGCCUGUGGAGUUGUGUUUAACCAGUACGGGGACAGUAGCUGAGAAAGCUAAUGCAAUUAAUACAAGACAUUCGAUUUCAUCAUUCCGGGCUGUUUUCGAUGAUUACCGUUACACAGUUUUGCGUGAUGAAUUCCAGAUACUUGAGAGUCGUGAUGCUGUACGCGUGAAAAGCUGUCAAAUUGCUGAACAAUUUCGCGAGAAAAAUCGUUUUGGAGAUAUUUUACCUUAUGACGAUAAUCGUGUUAUACUGAGUGAUGGAAGUUACAUAAAUGCUAGUUUCAUAGAUGGUUAUCGUCAAUACCACCAAUUUAUUGCAACUCAAGGGCCUAUGUCUACAGAUGAACUGGGAAGACGUAAAGAAGAUACUGUAGAUGAUUUUUGGCGUAUGGUUUGGGAAACGAACGGCUCUUGUGUCAUCAUGCUGACCGAUUGUGUGGAAAACAUGCAGACUAAAUGCAGUCGUUAUUGGCCGGUAGAACUUGGCCUUUCAGAAGUUUAUGGAUCUUGCCGAGUGAGUCUAAUGGCCGAAUCAGUAGAUCCAAUUUGUGAUCAGAGAGAAUUGGAUGUUGUCUGCAAUGAUGAAUCUCGUCAGGUCAGCCAAUUUCAUUUUCGGGAUUGGCGUGAUAGUGAAGCUGCCAACCCAACGAGACUUCUAGAUUUUAUUGAGCGUAUCAUGAAUAAACGAUUCAACGGACCAAUAAUCGUACACUGCAGCGCUGGCGUGGGUAGGACUGGUGUUUUCAUAGCCACUUGGCGUCUACUCGAGCGUGCUCGUCAUGAAAGAGGAAUAGACGUAUUCAACGAGGUGUUCGCUAUGAGAGACCAACGUGGACGAAUGGUUCAGUCUGCGGAACAGUAUCACAACAUUUAUGAGGCCAUAUCAACAGCAAUCAUGGAGCAAAGAAUCUGA